AUGGUUCGAGGACUGAUAGCAAUUGCUGCUCUUGCAGCCAAUAUCUCAUCAGUCUCUGCCACCCCAACGGUACAUACUUCGCAAGGUCGCGUACGCGGCACCAAUUGUGACGGCUCCAACGUACAUGCUUUUUACGGGAUUCCGUACGCUCAACCGCCUGUGAACGAGCUACGUUUCAUGCCACCUAAAGUCUUCAAUCAGUCAUAUACAAACAAUGAACUGGAUGCCUCUCAACAACCCCCGCCGUGUAUACAAUGGGACCCGAUGUUUGCAGUUACAAGCCCCACGCCUUCAGAGGACUGCUUAUAUAUGGAUGUCUACAUGCCGAAGCAGAAUAACUCUGACCAGAAGCUCCCAGUUAAAGUCUUUGCCUAUGGCGGCGGAAAUACUGGAGGAGCCCUUAACUACGACCUUUACAACGGCUGCAAUUUAGCAAAGGAUGCUAUAGUUGUCACAUUCAAUUACCGACUCGGGCCGCUUGGCUUUCUCUCUUUAAACAAAGCUGGCAUCCAAGGGAACAUGGCUAUCCAGGAUUACCUCAUGGCGCUUCGCUGGGUGCAGAGCAAUAUUGAACACUUUGGAGGAGACCGAUCGCAGGUGGCGUUGUUUGGUCAAAGUGCCGGAGCUGACGAUGCAUUUGUUGUCUCGACGCUCGUCGAAUCCAAGCAAUUACUGUCGUCCGUCAUUUUGCAAUCGGGCGGCGGCCAAGAUCUCCUGUCACUUGAAAAUGCCCAAACAGCAGGAGCCAGCUAUGCUGGCGCUCUCCACUGCGCACCUGAAGAUCUUGGUUGUUUACAGUCGAAACCAGUGGAACAAUUGGUGACCGCCUUAAGCAAUACUUCCGCAACCUGGAAUCAAAACAUUCUUAGCGGUGUUUUUGCGGUCAACAUGCCCCAAAAACUAGACCUGGCUUCCGUCGUUCUAGAUGGUAAUAUUGUCAAAACUGAGCCAUUAUUGAAGGGACCUCAAGUACCAAUCAUUUCUGGUCAUAAUGCAGAUGACAGUACACUCUUUGUGCUGCCAUACUACGAAACUGGCACCACACCCAUCACUGAGAGCAAUUAUACUGACUUCCUAGCCGCUUGGGGUGACGCAAGUGCAGAGGUCAAAAAAUAUUACCCGCUGUCACGGUUCAACGUCACUGGUAGAACGCAAGACGCCGUAGUGUUUGCAGUCUCUCACAUAAUAACAGCGGCAAGUUACACUUGCCCGUCAUUCCGCAUGCUACGGGCAGCAGAAGCUGCUGGGACCCGAGCGUACGCCUAUAUCUUCGACACUACCCCGAGCUGUCCCUGGUUGCUUAUGGGAGGGCAGGCAGUCCCCCCCGAGCUUCUUUUGCCAUACUUUGGAGCGAGCCACACGGCCGAGCUGCCAUAUAUUUUUGGAAACUUGGACAACAUGCCUUUUAGGCAAGGAAACUGUAGCGCAAAUGCUGGCGAGCGCCAAAUCAGCCAGACCCUCAUCGCAGCGUGGACGGCAUUGGCAGCCACCGCUAGGCCAUCAACAAAAGCACAACGCUGGCCGCAGUUCAACAGCUGCCAACAUCGCGGUGUAUACGUCAAGGAGAAUGUAACUUUGGCGCCCCUUGACUUUUCCGAGUGCGCUUUUUGGGAUGAAGUCUGGGUGCAGAUGGGUGGCAAUCGAGUGGCUGCGGGAGAUUCGAGCAAAUGUAAGAGUUGUAGAAGACACGCCACAUAGUUAGGGGGCCCGUCACAAACUUGGCCUGAUAUUGAACUGGUUCGUGUAUGUUUCGCCUUGUAUGAAUAUUAAU